GUCGCCGCCACAGCCGCCCCCCUGAGGCCCGGCCGGUCCGGACCGGGACGGCGCGAGCAUUAAGACAAGAAAGAACCGAAGCGGCCCCCAAUCCCACAGAGCGGUCGCGCCGAGUCCAUGAAUGGAAAUCGGCAGCGCAGGAACCGUUGGGGCUCAGCCCCUACUCAUGGUGCCCCGACGACCUGGCUAUGGCACCAUGGGAAAGCCUAUUAAACUGCUGGCCAACUGCUUCCAAGUUGAAAUCCCAAAGAUUGACGUCUACCUCUAUGAGGUGGAUAUUAAGCCAGAUAAGUGUCCUAGGAGAGUGAACAGGGAGGUAGUAGAUUCAAUGGUGCAGCAUUUUAAAGUGACAAUAUUUGGUGACCGUAGACCAGUUUAUGAUGGUAAAAGAAGCCUUUAUACAGCCAAUCCACUCCCUGUAGCAACAACCGGGGUUGAUUUGGAUGUAACAUUGCCAGGAGAAGGUGGCAAAGAUCGUCCCUUCAAGGUGUCCAUAAAAUUUGUUUCCCGGGUAAGCUGGCACCUAUUGCAUGAAGUUCUGACUGGACGAACCUUACCUGAGCCUCUGGAAUUGGACAAGCCAAUCAGCACUAACCCUGUUCAUGCUGUUGAUGUGGUGCUACGACAUUUACCCUCCAUGAAGUAUACACCUGUAGGCCGUUCCUUUUUUUCUGCUCCUGAAGGCUAUGAUCAUCCGUUGGGAGGUGGCAGGGAAGUCUGGUUUGGAUUUCAUCAGUCCGUUCGGCCAGCAAUGUGGAAAAUGAUGCUGAAUAUAGAUGUUUCUGCCACUGCCUUCUAUAAAGCACAACCUGUAAUUCAGUUCAUGUGUGAAGUUCUUGAUAUACACAACAUUGAUGAACAGCCACGACCUCUGACUGAUUCUCACCGUGUAAAAUUCACCAAAGAGAUAAAGGGUCUGAAGGUUGAAGUGACUCAUUGUGGAACGAUGAGGCGGAAAUACCGUGUCUGUAAUGUUACACGGAGACCGGCUAGUCAUCAGACAUUUCCAUUGCAGUUAGAAAACGGUCAGACUGUGGAAAGAACAGUAGCACAGUAUUUCAGAGAAAAGUACAACCUACAGCUGAAAUACCCUCAUCUUCCUUGUCUACAAGUGGGACAGGAGCAGAAACACACCUAUCUGCCUCUUGAAGUGUGUAACAUCGUGGCAGGCCAGCGAUGUAUUAAGAAGCUUACAGACAAUCAAACAUCAACCAUGAUAAAAGCCACAGCCAGAUCUGCACCUGACAGACAAGAAGAAAUCAGCAGACUGGUGCGAAGUGCAAAUUACGAUGCUGACCCAUUUGUUCAGGAAUUCCAGUUUAAAGUGCGUGAUGAGAUGGCUCAUGUGACGGGGCGUGUGCUCCCGGCUCCCAUGUUGCAGUAUGGAGGGCGGAAUCGAACAGUGGCAACACCAAGCCAUGGUGUAUGGGAUAUGCGGGGGAAACAGUUUCACACAGGUGUUGAAAUCAAGAUGUGGGCCAUUGCUUGCUUUGCAACACAGAGGCAAUGUCGCGAAGAAAUACUAAAGGGUUUCACAGACCAGCUGCGCAAAAUUUCCAAGGACGCAGGGAUGCCAAUCCAGGGCCAGCCUUGCUUCUGUAAAUACGCCCAAGGUGCUGACAGUGUGGAGCCCAUGUUCCGACACCUUAAAAACACAUAUUCAGGACUCCAGCUCAUCAUCGUCAUCCUGCCAGGAAAGACCCCAGUGUAUGCGGAGGUGAAACGUGUGGGGGACACACUUCUGGGGAUGGCUACACAGUGUGUUCAAGUCAAGAAUGUCAUAAAAACAUCUCCUCAGACCCUCUCAAACUUGUGCCUAAAGAUUAAUGUAAAAUUGGGAGGAAUCAACAACAUCCUUGUACCUCAUCAACGACCUUCUGUGUUCCAACAACCAGUGAUCUUCUUGGGAGCCGAUGUUACUCAUCCACCUGCUGGGGAUGGAAAGAAGCCUUCCAUUGCUGCUGUUGUAGGUAGCAUGGAUGCUCAUCCAAGCAGGUAUUGUGCCACAGUGAGAGUCCAGAAACCCCGCCAGGAGAUCAUCCAAGAUUUGGCCUCCAUGGUUAGAGAACUUCUCAUCCAAUUCUACAAAUCAACACGGUUCAAACCCACACGAAUCAUCUUCUAUCGUGACGGAGUUUCAGAAGGACAGUUUCGACAGGUAUUGUAUUAUGAGCUGCUGGCAAUUAGAGAGGCUUGUAUCAGCUUGGAAAAAGACUAUCAGCCUGGCAUAACAUACAUCGUGGUUCAGAAGAGGCAUCAUACGAGGCUGUUUUGUGCUGAUAGGACAGAAAGGGUUGGAAGAAGUGGAAACAUCCCUGCUGGAACAACAGUAGAUACGGAUAUCACACAUCCUUAUGAAUUUGAUUUUUACCUCUGUAGCCAUGCAGGAAUACAGGGUACCAGCCGCCCCUCACACUAUCACGUCUUGUGGGAUGACAAUUGUUUUACUGCAGAUGAACUUCAGCUGCUAACUUACCAGCUCUGCCACACUUAUGUGCGCUGCACACGAUCUGUGUCUAUACCUGCACCAGCUUAUUAUGCUCACCUGGUAGCAUUCAGAGCAAGAUACCAUCUUGUGGACAAAGAACAUGACAGUGCCGAAGGAAGCCAUGUUUCUGGACAGAGCAACGGAAGAGAUCCUCAAGCCCUCGCUAAGGCUGUACAGAUUCACCAAGACACCUUACGCACCAUAUAUGCUGAGGUCUUGGUUUUGCUGAUAAUACUGAAGUUAGAACUCAGUAACCAGUGGGAAUCUGAGGAGGAGACCACCGAGGCUUACAGAUGGAGCGGGAGAGCUUUGGAAAACUAAAUUGAAGAGGCACUUCUAUAGGAGGUAAAAACCAAGUUGACAGAAAGGAAAUGUUCGUCCGGUGUACUACUAGUUCAUAUCCAUAUGAGAACUAUGUCUGACUUACCUCUGGCCUAUAGAUCACUCCGAAGACCUGUUUCCUUGCAGGAUUGUUCCGCCAUCUUGAAGCGGUCGGUUUAUUGAAAGCAAAACAGUCCUCAAAGUGCCUUUUUAGAAGAUGGUGCUGUAGAUGAUUUUUUGUUUUUGUUCCCAAAGUUGUAUAUGGAGGAGGGAGGGGGUGGGGCAGGGGCGGCAGAAUCAAAACGUUUAGUGAAAACAUGCCAAGUUCUUCAUAAUAUCCCUCGUGGUGCUUGGCACUACAUGGCGUUUUCCCUUAAACUAGGACCAAAUAACCAUGGACCAUAUGAUGUUUGGGAAAAGGAAUGGUACUGUUAGACCAGGGGUCUCCAACCUUGGCAACUUUAAGCCUGGAGGACUUCAACUCCCAGAAUAACCCAGCCAGCUUUGCUGGCUGGGGAAUUCUGGGAGUUGAAGUCCUCCAGGCUUAAAGUUGCCAAGGUUGGAGACCCCUGUGUUAGACAAUUAAAACUCCACUGUGUGGAUUAUACUUUAGAUAUUUUAGGAUAGGUUAGCUCAAGAUACUGUAAACUCUGAAAGUCACUUCAAAAGUCAUCAACAGUGAAAUUGGGGGUAAGCAGAUACACUCCUGAAGUUUUGCGUACCUCAAAGCGGGUAAAAUUUUGGAAAUUCCAGCUUGUACUUAGUGUUUUUUUUUUUUAUUCUAAUGAUUGCAGUAGCAGAUGUAAUAUGGCAAAAAAAAUAUAUUACUUUUUCAUGCUGAGUAUGCCUAUUAACCCUGGGACAUCUCUUUUUUUACUUUUCCAAUACUGUUUUCUUUGAGGUUUCUACUAGCGGGGAAGUAAUUAAUAACAAGCAUCUCAGUAGCAGUGUAAUUCUGCAGAAAUAACAGUUAACAACAUUGUGGUCACACUCUAAAAGUUACUUGUAAAUGCCUAAAAAUUGAACCAAACCAGUAACAAUCUUGAUAUCAGGAGCAUAUUUUUCAAGAAAAAUCUUGACUUCUAUUUUGUUUAGAUUAUUGGUUAUCGGUGUCGUGUAUUUAUGCUGUAAUCU